AUGGCAGACAUCACUUGGGGCACUAGCUGCAUACUCAUUCUCUUCUGUUCAGAAGUUCUCCCCAUGGAGGUCCAAACGGGGGGACAGUACAUUGCUGCUGUGUAUGAACAUCACGUCUUCUUGAAUCCCAAUCCAACCAUCGUUACUGACCGUCAGUCUGCUUUAGAGUUAAUGAACAGAAACCUAGACAUUUAUGAACAGCAAGUGAUCGCUGCUGCUAAACAGGGGGCAAAAAUCAUUAUCUUUCCUGAAGAUGGAGUACAGGGCUUCAACUUCACCAGGACAUCCAUUUAUCCUUACUUGGAUUUAAUUCCUUAUCCUGACUCUUUGACUUGGAAUCCAUGCAAAGAAGCACACUUGUUCAAGGAUACUGAGGUUCUUCAUCGACUCAGCUGUCUGGCACAGAAGAACAAAGUCUUCAUUGUAGCCAAUGUAGGAACUAAGCAGCCCUGCAAGCACAGUGAUUCCAAGUGCCCACCAGAUGGGAGAUAUCAGUUUAACACUAAUGUAGCAUUCAGUGACAAUGGUACUCUCAUAGCCAGAUACCGCAAACAGAAUCUAUAUUUUGAAGAUGCCUUUGAUACCCCACCAGAGGUGGAUUACACACUUUUUGAUACACCUUUCGCAGGCAAAUUUGGACUCUUCACUUGCUUUGAUAUCCUGUUCUAUGAACCAACUGUAAGCCUGAUCAAGAAAUACCAUGUACAGCAGAUUGCAUAUCCUACUGCAUGGAUGAACCAGCUCCCACUCCUGUCAGCUGUAGAAUUCCAACGAGCUUUUGCAACUGCUUUUAACAUAAUUCUUUUGGCAGCAAACAUUCACCAUCCUAACCUGGGUAUGACAGGGAGUGGUAUAUACACACCAUCCAAGUCAUUCUUUUAUUAUGACAUGGAAAGUGUUAAUGGUAAGCUUAUAGUAGCAGAAAUCCCUGUCAUGGCAUCACAGAAUGAAAGCCACAUGGAGGACAUUACAAUACCUGAUAGUAAUAUGCAGAAGAAUGUUCCAGGCCUCCAUAUGGACAACAUUUGUCAUAAGGAAGAUAAAGGAGCCUAUUGUGGAAAGGCACUGAAAGAAGUCCAGCAAACCUUUCCCGUAUUUUAUGGAGAAAUGAUGUAUGAUAAUUUCACUUUAAUGCCCAUAGUGGAAACUGAAGGCCACAUCCAAGUCUGUUCCAACACUCUUUGUUGUUACUUAAAUUAUCAGAGAUUGGUUUUAUCAAAUGAAUUGUAUGUGUUGGGAGUUUUUGAUGGGCUACACACAGUUCAUGGAACAUACUAUGUACAAGCCUGUGUCUUAGUGAAAUGUGCUGGUUUUGACUAUAGCACUUGUGGGCAAGAAGUCACAAAGGCCACUGGACUGAUGGAUUUCCAACUCCAAGGAAAUUUCAGCACUGCUUUUGUCUUUCCUCUGUUGCUAAGAUCGGGGGUCACUCUGGACUUUGCUGAUCAUCUGGGCUGGAAAAACAACUACUACUUUAUGGAGAAAAAGGGAGCUUCCACAGGCUUACUAACAGCUGGUUUAUAUGGACGAUGGUAUGAGAAGGACUAGAAUGAACAUUUGGUAUAAAAAAGUGCAUUAAAUGAAUAAUCUGAGAACCUAAUAAAA